AUGCCUCACUGUGGAUUCUGUACCAAGGAGAUGCCCACAUUGGGAGGUGUCAAAAAACAUAUUGCAGGACACCCUGAAUGCAGAAGGCAAUGGGAGCUGCUGGUUGAAAAUCAAAAUGACAUCGGCAUACCUAGUAUAGACACCAACACCAACACCGACUCUAAUGCCAACUUAUUUUCGCCACAUUGCUGCUCAUGCUCUGAGUCUUCCCAACCCAAUGCAGACAAUGCAACAGCACCAAAAAAUCGAUGGGUCACCAUUGAGGAGGAUGAAGAUGAGGACCACAGGCGAUAUUUCAAACAAUGUGCUGGCACUGGCCAAACAGUGCGUGAAGGACAAACCGGCUUUGAAAGGUUUCAACAGUAUAAGGAGGGUAAGGGCGAGGACGAAUGGGCCCCCUUUUGUGAUGCGGAGGAGUGGGGACUCGCCGAGUGGCUUGUUAGAAGCCUUGGCCAGACUCAAACAGACAAAUUUCUAAAAUUACCGAUAACACAAAACCAAAUGAAACCUUCAUUUCACAAUAACCGAUCUUUCCUCCAGAAAGUCGACAAGCUCCCACACAGAGCUGCCUGGAGCUGCAAAAAGGUUACCGUCCAGGGAAAUAAAACAGAUGAGAAGGGCCAGAUGUUGCAUGAAGACAUGAAACUGUGGAUGUGCAAUCCUGUGGAGUGCGUCAAAGACCUCAUUGGAAAUCCAUUGUUCCGCGAUCAUAUGGUGUAUGCACCUGCACGAGCAUACAAGGACCCCGCAGGACUUCACCGAGUAAUUGAUGACAUGUGGACGGCGGACUGGUGGUGUGACAAGCAAAAACAGUUGCCAAAAGGUGCGACCAUCGCACCGAUCAUUCUCUCGUCAGACAAAACAUGUCUGUCGCAAUUCCAAGGCGAUAAAUCAGCAUGGCCUGUGUACCUCUCCAUUGGCAACAUCGCAAAAGAGAAGAGGCGGCAAACAUCAGCGCAAGCAACAGUCCUUAUUGGAUACUUACCUGCAGGAAAGCUUGAUUGCUUUACAUCUGAUGCGCGCUCCCUUGCUGGUCGAAAUGGUGUUGAGAUGGUCUGCGCCGACUUGUUGAUCUGUCAAGUCUACCCCAUCCUUGCUGCUUAUGUAGCCGACUUUCCGGAGCAAUGUCUUGUGGUGUGUUGCAAAGAAAAUUGGUGUCCAAAGUGUUUGGUCACAGCAGAUGAACGAGGUGAUCCAUUGACUUCGCUGAUGUGGGACCCUGAGGUGACAAAAGAGGUAUUAGAGAAGCAGAAGAAUGGUCAGCAUCCAAUUCAAUUUGACGACAAUGGGCUACAUGCCAUCUACAAACCAUUCUGGGCUACUCUCCCUCACACCAAUAUUUUCCUUGCCUUCACGCCUGACCUCCUUCACCAGGUCCAUAAAGGCGUCUUCAAAGACCACUUAGUUAAGUGGUGUCUUGAAAUUGUUGGUGAAGAUGAAAUGGACGCAUGCUUCAAGGCAAUGACAGAUUAUCCUGGUCUUCGGCACUUCAAGAAAGGUAUUUCUACUGUGAGACAGUGGACAGGUACAGAACACAAAGAAAUGCAACAUGUUUUCAUUGGUCUACUCGCUGGUGCUGUCCCAAGUCAAGUCUUAGUGCUUCGAAUACAUACAAGUGAAUCCCUUGAUGGUCUGGAGAGUGCUCUUGCAGUGUUUCACGCCAAUAAGGAUAUCCUGCAGGAACUUGAAGUUCGCGAACACUUCAAUAUUCCUAAAUUACACCAAAUCUCGCACUUUGUUGAGUCAAUCAUACUAUUUGGUUCCACCGACGGUUUCAACACCGAGCUUCCGGAACAACUACACAUCAACUUCGCCAAAGAAGCCUAUCGUGCAAGUAACAAGCGCAACUAUGAGGAACAAAUGGCCUUAUGGCUUCAACGCCAGGAAGCAGUAUUCCUGCGUAGUUCUUACCUCAAUUGGUUAUAUGGCUUGGAAUUGGACUCGGACUCUGAGAUUGAAGACUUGCAAUCUGAGUCACGUGGUGCUGCCCCUACCAAUGCAAGUCCGACACGUCCCAUUGAUGUGGUCCAUGUUCUUGCCAAAACCCCUGCACACCCUCAACAGUCCAUCCAGCACCUUGUCGCCAUACACGGCGCAACUAUGUUUCUCCCAGCUCUUAAAUCUUUCCUGCACUCCCACAUGCCACACAAUACCAUUAUCCCUGGCCCACAUGACCAUUUCAAUUGGCGCAUUAGAGCGACGCCUGAAGUGCAGCCUGGUCCUGGCCACAAGCCCGGAUCCCCCGCUAGAUUCGACAUGGCGCUGAUAAGUGAUGGUGUUUGGAUGUCGAGUUUGCGGACAUUCGAAGGUGUGCGAGUUGCACAGUUUGGUACAUACUCCCGAGCACUGGCUUACAUCGAGUGGUUCACACCAUUUUGGGAGCCAGACCCCUCCUCUGGUCUGCGUCAAGUGUCACGUUCAACUCGAUGGGACCAUCUGUUGACCCCAGGUGGAUGA